GCAGCCGCGGUUUUGGUCACAGAUUUCCUUCCACAUGCAGCGGCGAGCCUACUUGUUGAAGCCGCGGUUCUGCUUUCCUUCCUCCACCGCGGAUCGCACCGGCAUCUAGACCUCGCGGUGAUCUCCGCCUCCGGUUCCGCCACGCCGACGCCGGGAACGCCCAAAACCGUGAGCCACAUGCUACCGCGGCAUCGUACCGGCGGCGGCGGGGAGUCGGGGACCCCCUGAUUUCAGUUCGGCUGCACUGCGCUGGCUGGCUGGCUAUCGGGCCCCACCACGAACAUGACGUCGGCCCGCGUCGUACGCCGCUCGCUAUUACUAUUAGCAGUAGAUCCCAGCUCCUGUUUCCCCUCUCCUUCCCCGUCGCAAAGGAACGCACACGCACACGGAAACCGCGGGAGGAUCGGGAGCUCAGCUCGAUUCGGAAUUGAGCUUUGACGAGAUGGCGGAGGAGAAGGCCACAUUGCAGUCCAUGAGGGAGUGGGUCGUCGAGCACAAGCUCCGGGCCGUCGGGACCCUGUGGCUGAGUGGGAUCGUGGGCUCGAUCGCGUACAACUGGUCCAGGCCAGGCAUGAAGACCAGCGUCAAGCUCAUCCAUGCCAGGCUGCAUGCUCAGGCCCUAACCCUGGCUGCCUUGGGCGGGUCUGCACUGGUGGAGUACUAUGAUCAUCAUUCAGGAUCAGGAUCCAAAGUUCACCAAUAUGCAAAGCAGUUCCUCUCAUCUGACAGUAGCUCACGAAAGGAGUAGAAUUAGGAUGUAAAAGGGGGCAGCAAAUUACAAACUACCAGCUGGAGAAGGAAGAUUGGGAAUGUUUUGAUGUUACUUUCUAAGCAAAUAAUUUCUGUGGGCCGUUAUCCAGACUUCGUUUUCUGCUGGGCUGCCUGCUUCUUUUUAAGCUCCUGAACAAGCAUUCAGAUGUUGGGAUAUGCGGAUGUGUGGCAGUGGAGUGGAGUGAUGCGCUUUCAUGAGAAGCUGUGCAUGGCAUUGUGGUCGACAAACAUGAAUGCAAUGUUUCCAAUUAAUUGGUAUGAGAUAAAUGUUGAGAAAAUGGCAUGUUAAAUGA